AAUCAUUCCGCUAUCAGUUACUGUGUACGGGGCUAUAUAUACACCGUUUUUUAUUCCCAAAAUGCUGACCAGAUUGUCAAUGGAUGCCGCACUUUACUCGAUAACCGCACCGGGAGGCGCAUUUAUAGUGUGGUAGGAGUUUUCUAGUUCCAUGUCCUGUAGGUGGGCCGUGCGUCAGCUGAUGACGUUGGACAACAAAAAUGGCAGGAGGAAGCAGCAACUACUGGGAAGAUUUGCGAAAGCAGGCCAGGCAGCUGGAGAAUGAGUUGGACCUGAAGCUGGUGUCUUUCAGUAAACUGUGUACAAGCUACAGCAGCUCCAGAGAUGGCCGUCGAGGAGACAGCAACUCAGAUACUGCUCCCCUCCUCAACAACUCAACGCAGGACAGAAUGUUUGAGACCAUGUCUGGGGAGAUUGAACAGCUUCUGGCCAAACUCACAGGUGUAAAUGACAAGAUGGCUGAGUACACCAGCACCCCGGGGGUGACGUCCCUUAACGCAGCCCUGAUGCACACGCUCCAGAGACACAGAGACAUCUUGCAAGACUACACUCACGAAUUCCACAAAACCAAAGCCAACUUCCUUGCCAUCCGGGAGAGAGAAGAUUUGCUGGGGUCUGUCCGCAAAGACAUUGAGACAUACAAGAGUGGCUCAGGAGUGAACAACAGAAGAACAGAACUGUUUCUGAAGGAGCAUGAACACCUGAGAAACUCUGACCGCCUGAUGGAUGACACAAUAAGUAUUGCCAUGGCGACCAAGGAGAACAUGACAUCCCAGAGAGGGCUAUUGAAGUCCAUACAAAGCAGAGUCAACACUCUGGCCAAUCGUUUCCCAGCCAUCAACAACCUCGUCCAGCGACUCAACCUGCGGAAGAGACGAGACUCCCUAAUCCUGGGCGGAGUCAUCGGCGUUUGCACCAUCCUCCUGCUGCUCUACGCUUUCCACUGAUGACGAACAGACCGGUCGAACAAUCGUUACUCGGCGUUUGUAACAUCGGAAUCAGAACUCUGGAGAAUGGGCUUUAGUGAUUGGAGGCUACUGGACAGACAGACACCCUCUUGGCCCAAUCGCUUAACAAGAUUGAUCGAAGGCAGCAUGGACUACCUGAUUUUGUAUUUAGCAGUGGGGGGGGGAAGGAGGAGAAGGAUAUGUGAGAUGGAGCAGCACCUUUUUUUUUCUUUUAUUUUUUAUCAAAAGUUUGCUGUUCAACGCUGGUUAAGGGAACAGAGACCAAAUGUACUGAUAUGACUAGAUUUGAAAGAAUUAUAUAUAUAUAUAUAUAUAUGUUUAUUAUUUCAAAUAUAUAUAUUUAUUAUUUCAAAUAUAUUAGUACCUUGAGACAGGCGAAAGUCAUAUGACUUUCGCCUAUCUCAAGGAACGAAUAUAUUUGAAAGAAUUAUAUAUUGAAGAAAAUUAAAAAGAACACUUGCUUUAAGGAGUUUAAUGCUCUGAAGACAGUCCCUCUCUUUCAUUUCCACCAUCUGUCUGUUGAUUUCUGUGAUGGAAGGAUUUUUAGUUGAAUGGUCCUUUUUCGUGAUGGGAUAUUCAGGAGGUUAGUAUUCAUCAUGGGCUGUACAUUGCAUUAUUAAUAAAUUAUUAAUUUACAGUAUGUGAUACUAGGCACUUAUUUUAUUUGUCUAUUUUUUUUUUUACUUUGACAUGUAUUGAUAAAUUGUAUUUUUCAUUGAUGGAACUCCAGUGCUGCAAGUACAGUUAUUCUUUAAACAAAGGCCACAUACAGGUGUAUGGUUAAACUGAAACUGAAAGUCUCAGACUUCUUUCAUUACAUGUUUCCUUCAACUCACAACCUCUACAUCAGGGCUGCCCAACCCUCUUCCUGGAGAUCUACUGUCCUGUGGGUUUUAGUCCAACCCUAAUUUAACACACCUGAUUCUACUAAUUAGCUGCUCAACAAGACCUUAACUAGCUGAAUCUGAUAUGCUGAAUUAGGGUUGGACUGAAAACUUACAGAUCUCCAGGAAGAGGGCAGCCCUGGGCUACAUUCUAAGAUGAAUCUAUUUAGCUUAAUAUGCCACUUAGCAGACAUUUAUCUACAGUGUAGUGAGUGCAUCCAUACUUUUUUUCAUGUGUAUGUGAUCCCCUGUGGUGAUGGAACCCAUGACCUUGGUGUUGCUUUCACCAACUGAGCCACACAAGAUCACUUGAAAUCCAGAGAUCUGGAAGAGUGAUCAGCAUUCACGCCUCUGUCCUUCUUCAUGAUCUAGGAUCGUAUACUGAUAAGGCCUACCUUGAGAUAGGCAAAAGUCAACAAACUUUAGGUCAUACAUUGAUGUCAACUGAAAAUUUCCCCCAGCGCUAGGCUGAAUAAUUGCUUAUUCGACUAACAUUUAACAUCACUAAUAUGAACGUUGAUUUGAAAGAUGCUACAGUUCUAAGAAGUUUAGUUUCUUUCGUUUGAAAUUGUCAGUGGCAUUUUAAGUGGUUUUAGUGGAAAUGGCUGGAGAUGUUACAGUAAACAAAGCUGCAGCAGCUAGAUUACUGUUGGAGGAAUGAGGUGCUCUCACAUUAAUUCACUCUGACAGAGUCUGAGUCACCCGCACACACUCCCUCAGACCUCUGUUUUGUAAAACUGUGUGCACCUGCCUGCUUGUGAGCAUGUGUGUGUCGUGACAGCCACACUGCAGGGGAGAUGUUACUGCAGUCUGUGGGGGGUGACGGCUUCCCCCCAGGACUCUACAGGAACCUGUCAUGUCUCCCCUGUCAUCUCCAUAGUCAAUUACUGAGUUUUAAAUGAAUUACCUCGUCUUUCUGUCUCUGUUUUACAUCUCACCAUUCAUCAUUUGGUAACGAGACAAGGAUGUUUUAGUCUUAGUUGACUGUGAAAUAUUGAAGUUUGUUAUAUUUGUAUAGCUACAUGAAGUGGGAUUAUCGAUAACCAUUCUAAAUACACCACUUUUCUCCUUU